AUGGCAAGGAGGAAGAGAAAGGGAGGUCCUAACCUCAUGACAGAAGCUCUUAGAUCACAAUCAACUUGCUCAGAUUCGAAUGGGAAACGCAAAAUGAGUAGUCGACGCGGAAACUACUCUGGCGGUUCGUCGUCCAAGGGGACCGGGUCAGCCAUUCUGCCGUAUAAUGCGGUUGCUUCUAGGAGGCGCUUUCGGCGGAGGGGCUUCCAUGAAAAUGUUUCGAACAAUUCAAUCCAAACCGAAAUCGACCUGUGGUCCGCGACCAGAAAUGAAAGCAACCAGUAUCGCAACGGACAACUCCCUUCUUUUGGCAAAUAUGUCGACGCCAAGGCGCUCGUCAAGCCUGUGGAUGUGAGCAUCCUUCAAGAGCAUCAGAUUCAGUACCCUCUUCGAGGAGUUUUUGCUGGUCUGCAUAUCUUCGGGCAGAUCGUGGCUGAGGAUCUCGCUGCUGCCGGUAUUACCAACUUGGUUAACUUCGCCAAAGCCUACCCCGAAGGAUGGGGGGCCCUGUCACAAGGCAUGGCUGUCUUUGACGUUUCGAUCCGCGCCUUUCGGGGACUUCCCUCUGGGCGUGUGUUCAUUGCCGUGACACCCAAGGUGUCAUAUGAAGAGUUCAUGCACAACCCUGAUUUUGACCAGGACCAAGAGCACAGAGCCACGCGCAAUGCCGUCAACCUCAUCUGUACUAUUCAUCGUGAAUGCGGACCGUCGGCGCCAUUUUGGACAAUGGAACCACUAACAGCAGAUAUGAUUCUGACGCAGGAUCGACUGCUGGAUCAGGAGCUGGAGUCGCUCAAAAAGGCAAAUCUCCGCGAGAUGAACGAAGACGAGCGCGAUGAAUACAUUCGCACCGUACAGGCCAGGGCAGGCCAUAUGUGGCACGAGAGAGUUCAUGGCCGCAAGCUGGUCAAGAUGGUCAGGUCGCUCCCGCACGUUCAAGACCUCGCAGGACGGGUCGCUGCAUUGACCGAACCAUCUCCCACGCAGGACUAUGUCAUGUCCAGACAGGUUGGCCUGUCCACAACAUUCACUACUCUCAUUGGAAUCUACAACAGGCGCCAGACCAUUCGUGUUUUGCACUUCCACGGCACACCCAUGUUGGACCGUCGUUUGGUGGCCGUUGUCGCCCGAGCUUGCCCCAACCUGAAGAUGUUGGGUAUCUACGAUUGUCCCGAUAUUCACUUUGGUGAUGCUGUAUGUCUCUUGGAUUUGAUCCAUGAGAUUAACAGCAGCCGUUCCAGUAACCAGCCACGGAUUGAGGCUUUCGACUUCUACCCCCGAUACAACACUGGCUCACUGCUCAGCGAAGCCAAACCUGGUGCUGAUGCCAACGCGUAUGGACUGUCGUCACAGAAGCUCCUUCUCGACGCUCAACAGCGCGGAGUUUUUGGAAUCCUUCUGCAGGUCGUUCUGAAGUCCAAGGAAAUGAACCUUCAGCUCCUCAUGGACCGAAAUGGGGCAUUUAUGACUUAUCUCUCGAAGCUACCCUUUGUCCCUCUUCAAAUCUUCGGCUAUCUUGACGGUUUGUACCGGUACUUGGAUUUGAUGGCGGCUGGUUCGAAGGACGACAACGCUAUCAAACAGGCCCUCUACGACAUUGUCAAACCGGUCAGGAUGGGGCUCGAGUCCCUUGAUAAAGAUUGGCACGAGUAUUACCUCAAUGAGAUGGGAAAGAACACCAUGUUCUGUUCGUCAUGUGGACACGAGGCUCUUAUAGAGUUCUUUGGCCAGGAGACACGCACCGCUCGCGAGCAUACUCACCUGUGUGCUGCUUGCAACCUUCGUAUGUGGUUGGACGAAGAACGUGAUCAGGGCAAGCGUGACGGCACAGAAAUCAUGAAGCCGUUCUUCCCCAAGUGGGAACGCUUUGAUUUCAAUCAAGAUGCUCCGCUGUACGAACAUGGCAAGGGUCUCAUCACACUCAAGUCCACCGGAACAGAACGACCUCUUCCACCGGCUGCUCAGUUUGACGCGAACGGCAACGUGAUCAAUCAUCACUACAUCGAGCCUCUCCUUCGUGACAACAAGAUUCACGACGAUUCUCUGCAACGGCUCCCGGACCUACGCGACAUGUUCGACCAAGAACUUCUCAAGGAUGCACAGUACCGUGCCCGUAUCAUUGACGCCCGUAACACGGCCCAUGUCCUUCUGAAGGACUGCUACCCACCCGACACGUUAAGAUCCCAAGCUUACGAAAACAGAACCCCAGACUUGGAAGGGCAGGGAAGGGCCCGAACUCAACACGACAUGUGUCUCGUCAGCCACAGCUUCGACGAUGCCGCUGUCUUCUUUGAUGAUCUCCAGCACAAGACCUUUGCGGAGCUCAAGGCGUACCGCUACUCAACCCCAGGAAACCCUGGCGGCUUUUGGUAA